AAAAUUCCAUUAUUACCUUUCUCAUCUGCAUUUUCCUACUUGUUAACUUAUGUUUAGCAAGUAGUGAGAAUCCUGAUUCAUUCUCAAAUGAUGAAAUUGAUACUGCAGAAACUAAUAUGGAACCAGAUUGGUGGUUUGGGUGGUAUCAUCAUCGAUGGUUCCAUCCACGUCCAUGGGCAUUUGCUCAUCCACCUAUGUCUUCUGGUGGUUUCCGCCACAAGUUUCCUUCUCAUCCAUGGUUCAAGCAUCCACCACGUGCGUCUCCAUCUUCAAAGUCUGGAAUUGCCACUACAGAAGCCGCUGAUAAGGAAAUUGCAACUACAGAAGCCGUUGAUAAGGAGUUACAUUGGUGGUUUUGGUAUCCGCGUCAUCUAUGGUUCCAUCCACGACCAUGGGCAUUUGCUCAUCCACCCAUGUCUUCUGGCGGUUUCCGUCACAAGUUUCCUUAUCAUCCAUGGCCAAAAUUCAAGCAUCCACCACUUCCCUCUCCGUCUAAGGGAGAGAAGAAUAACUAAGAAUAUCCAUGGAUCAAUCUCUUAUAGAUUACAUAUUUCUUCAUUUUAAAUUAGUUAAUUUAUAGUUUUAGGAUUCUUAAUUUUAGAUUAGUUAAUUUAGUUUUUAUUAAUUUUCGAGUAGUUUCUAUUUUUAGGAAUAUUGCUUGAUUCUGUUUAUAGUGAAAUAAAAUUUGACUUUUAUUUUAUAUAUGAAUUGUUUUCCACUUUC